GAGCCAAAGAGGUGUCACUACUGCAUCAAAGACUCUUCUCUAUUCAAAAACCAAAACAUGACCAACUUAUUACACAUCCUCCCCCUCCUCCUCCUCCUCCUACUAUUCUCCUCACUCUCCACCCUCUCCACCCUCGCCAUGGCCACCACACCACCCCAUCAAAACCCCUACAACCCCUUCUCCUUGGAGACCCCCUCACAGUUGGUGGACUUGGCCUACCACAUGGGCCCGGUCGUCGCGGCGUCUCCGACCAACCUCUACCUCAUCUGGUACGGCCGCUGGGACGCCCCCUCCCAGUCCAUCAUCCGCGACUUCCUCCUCUCGCUCUCCGACGCUGACGGCAAGAAUUCGUCUUCUCCGCCUCCCGCCGUCGCCUCCCCCUCGGUCGCCGACUGGUGGCGCUCCACCGCCUGCCUCUACACCGACCAGACCAGCGCCAACAUCACGUCCGGCUUCACUCUCGCGCAGGAGUACCGCGACGCCGCCUACUCCCACGGCACGUCGCUCUCCCGCCUCUCCGUCCAGUCCGUCAUCCGCUCUGCCGUCACCGGAUAUCCGGAACGGCUGCCUCUCGAUCCCUACAAUGGUCUCUACCUAGUAUUGACGUCGCCGGACGUCCGCGUCGAGGACUUUUGCAGAGAAGUGUGUGGCUUCCACUACUUCACAUUCUCCGCCAUCGUCGGGGUCACCGUGCCAUUCGCGUGGGUCGGACACAGCGGAGUGCAGUGCCCGGGGAUGUGCGCGUUCCCGUUUGCGCUACCGGAGUACAUCGGCGGCGGGGAGAGGAACGGAACGGCGGCCAGUAAUAACUUACGCGCGCUGCGGUGCUGCCCAACGAGACGUCGGAGUGGAGCGCGAUUUGAUCAGCCGUGA